AUGUCAGUUUUCGGUUUUGAUGAAUGCUUUCCUGCAAAUAAUUGUCCCUCGUGCAGGAUGGGUGGAAGCUGCAAGGGGAGCGGGAGGGGUGAGGAAGCGGGAUGGGGCGGGGUGGGCUUUGACGUCACGAGCCUUGUGGUCGGCGGCUGCAACCCCAAUCAGCUGACAGUUAUGCUCGCUCCUCCGUCGAGUACGGACGAC